AUGCGGGAAUCCAAGCCCGAGAGGCCCACAGUGGAGGGUGAGGAAUGUGGGGACCUGAGUGCCGGCCUGGGGGAGCUUGGAAUUCCUGCUGAGGGCAGUGGGGAGCCACAGCCUGGCGGACCAGGAAGCACAGGGCUCAACGUGACGUGGGCCCUGGGGCCGGAGCCCAAACUCCCUACUGGGCAUCCCUUAUCUCAGCUCUGGAUUCGCCUGGCCCCGCUGGCAGCCUUCAAUGUGGAUGUGGCCCGGCCCUGGCUCACGCCCAAGGGAGGUGCCCCUUUUGUGCUCAGCUCCCUUCUGCACCAAGACCCUGGCACCAACCAGACCUGGCUCCUGGUCACCAGCCCCAGAACCGAGAGGACACCAGUGCCCCUCCAUCGAUGCUCCCUCGUGCAGGAUGAAAUCCUUUGCCAUUCUGUAGAGCAUGUCCCCAUCCCCAAGGGGAGGCACCGGGGAGUGACCGUUGUCCGGAGCCACCACGGCGUUUUGAUAUGCAUUCAAGUGCUGGCCCGGCGGCCUCACAGCCUCAGCUCAGAACUCACAGGCACCUGUGGCCUCCUGGGCCCUGACCUCCGUCCCCAGGCUCAGGCCAACUUCUUCGACCUUGAAAAUCUCCUGGAUCCAGAUACACGUGUGGACACUGGAGACUGCUAUAGCAACAAAGAAGGCAGCCGGGGAGAGGAUGUGAACACAGCCAGGUGGCGCCGGGCUCUGGAGAAGGAGGAGGAGGAGGAAGAUGAGGAGGAGGAGGAAGACGAGGAGGAGGAAGCUGGGGGAGCCAUUUCAGGGGCAGAGGUGGCAAUUCUUCCAACCUCCUGCCCUCCUUCCCAUCCCCUGCAGUGCAACUUUGCCCUGGUGCAGUAUGGAGGAGUGAUCCAGACUGAGUUUGACCUUCGGGACAGCCAGGAUGUGAUGGCCUCCCUCGCCAAAGUCCAGAAUAUUACUCAAGUGGGGAGUGUCACCAAGACUGCCUCAGCCAUGCAACAUGUCUUAGACAACAUCUUCACCUCAAGCCACGGCUCCAGAAGAAAGGCAUCCAAGGUCAUGGUGGUGCUCACCGAUGGUGGCAUAUUCGAGGACCCCCUCGACCUUACGACAGUCAUCAACUCCCCUAAAAUGCAUGGUGUUGAGCGCUUUGCCAUUGGGGUGGGAGAAGAAUUUAAGAGUGCUAGGACUGAGAGGGAACUCAACCUGAUCGCCUCAGACCCGCGGCAGGUGCUGCUCGGCGCCGUUGGGGCCUUUGACUGGUCCGGAGGCGCGCUGCUCUACAACACACGCAGCCGCCGGGGCCGCUUCCUGAACCAGACAGCGGCGGCGGCGGACGGGGAGGCUGCGCAGUACAGCUACCUGGGUUAUGCUGUGGCCGUGCUGCACAAGACCUGCAGCGUCUCCUACGUCGCGGGGGCUCCACGGUACAAACAUCAUGGGGCCGUGUUUGAGCUCCAGAAGGAGGGCACAGAGACCAGCUUCCUGCCAGUGCUAGAGGGAGAGCAGAUGGGGUCCUAUUUUGGCUCUGAGCUGUGCCCUGUGGACAUUGACAUGGAUGGAACCACGGACUUCCUGCUGGUGGCUGCUCCAUUUUACCACGUUCAUGGAGAAGAAGGCAGAGUCUACGUGUACCGUCUCAGUGAGCAGGAUGGUUCCUUCUCCUUGGCACGCAUACUGAGUGGGCACCCCGGGUUCGCCAGUGCCCGCUUUGGCUUUGCCAUGGCGGCUGUGGGGGAUAUCAGUCAGGAUAAGCUCACAGAUGUGGCCAUCGGGGCCCCCCUGGAAGGUUUCGAGGCAGGUGAUGGUGCCAGCUUCGGCAGUGUGUAUAUCUACAAUGGACACUGGGACGGCCUCUCCGCCAGCCCCUCGCAGCGGAUCAUAGCCUCCGCGGUAGCCCCGGGACUCCAGUACUUUGGCAUGUCCGUGGCUGGUGGGUUUGAUAUCAGUGGCGACGGCCUUGCUGACAUCACCGUGGGCACUCUGGGCCGGGCAGUUGUGUUCCGGAAGGUCUGGUCUUCAUUCCCAGGUCUUCGCGGGGCAUUUCUCAACUUCACGCUGGACGUAGAUGUGGGGAAGGAGAGGAAAAGGCUGCAGUGUUCAGAUGGGAGAAGCUGCCUGGGCUGCCUAAGGGAGUGGAGCAGCGGGUCCCAUCUUUGUGAGGACCUCCUGCUCGUGCCCACAGAGGGAGAGCUCCAUGAGGAGGACUGCUUCUCCAAUGCCAGUGUCAAGGUCAGCUACCAACUCCAGACCCCUGAGGGACAGACAGACCAUCCCCAGCCCAUCCUGGACCGCUACGCUGAGACCUUUGCCAUCUUCCAGCUGCCCUAUGAGAAGGCCUGCAAGAAUAAGCUGUUGUGUGUCGCAGAAUUACAGUUGGCCACCACCGUCUCUCAGCAGGAAUUGGUGGUGGGCCUCACAAAGGAGCUGACCCUGAACAUCAGCCUAACUAACUCCGGGGAAGAUUCCUACAUGACAAGCAUGGCCUUGAAUUACCCCAGAAACCUGCAGUUUAAGAGGAUGCAAAAGCCUCCCUCUCCAAACAUUCAGUGUGAUGACCCUCAGCCGGUUGCUUCUGUCCUGGUCAUGACCUGCAGGAUUGGUCACCCCGUCCUCAGGAGGUCGUCUGUGAGUCGGUUUGGAUGGAUUCGCUCUUCCCGCCACCUGCAACCAUCCAUAAUGUACGUGCACACAGCCCAGGGGCUUUCUCACCACAAAGAAUUCCUCUUCCAUAUACAUGGGGAAAACCUCUUCGGAGCAGAAUACCAGUUGCAAAUUUGUGUCCCAACCAAAUUACGAGGUCUCCAGAUUGUAACAGUGAAGAACCUGACGAGGACUCAGUUACUAAAAGAUGUAACUGAACUGCAGAUCCUUGGUGAAAUAUCUUUCAACAAAUCUCUAUAUGAGGGGCUGAAUGCAGAGAACCACAGAACUAAGAUCACUGUCGUCUUCCUGAAAGAUGAGAAGUACCAUUCUUUGCCUGUCAUCAUUAAAGGCAGCAUUGGUGGACUUCUGGUGUUGAUUGUGAUUCUGGUCAUCCUGUUCAAGUGUGGCUUUUUUAAAAGAAAAUAUCAACAACUGAACUUGGAGAACAUCAGGAAGGCCCAGCUGAAAUCAGAGACUCUGCUGGAAGAAGAGAAUUAGGACCUGCUAUCCACUGGGAGAGGCUGUCAGCCAGUCCUGGGACUUGGAGACCCGGCAUCCUUUGGAAUACUUUUUCCUUCAGGAUGAUGGACAGCAGCAUGAAGCUGUUUGUAGAAUAUCAGUUUUUAACCACGCAUUGUCCCCAAAGCGUCUGUGCAUUGUGCAAAAAGUACACUUGGGAAACAUUUGGUAUUAAAUAAAGUUACACUUUUCUU